AUUCAAAUCACUGGAUAUACACUUUCCUGCGAUACCACCCUCCCAAAUUUACUAUCUCCCCCUUUCUCCCCAUAGACAUGCCUACAUUUUCGUGUUUCAGCUCUCUCAAUCUCCAGUGUCUAUAAUCUUAAUCCAUUGCUUGCAGGACAAUGGAGGCGCCUUCUUUCGUUUCCAAAGCAAGGACUGCCUUCCAUUCUGCUGCAGCUAAAGCGGAGCGCGUUUUCACCGAUAUUAAAUCCGACUUUAUAUCCGAUCGAGCAGAUUCUGAUAAGCAAUCGCCGAAUGAAUCGAGCAAGCAAUUAGAUGUUGAGUCUAUUAAGAUCAACGACGAGUCAAAGAGUAAUAGUGAAGGGAAGCAUUUGAGGUGGAGACCGGCACGUAUAAGGUCAAAGCAGGAGUGGCAAGAUAGGUUUAAGAACAUAAGAAUAGGGAAAAAAGGAGCUGAAAAUCAUACAGAGAAAGUUGAAAAUUCAACCAUGGCUGUUGCAUUUUAUGAUGAAAAUUUGUUCAUAUUGAACAUGAAAAAUGAUGUCGAGGCAAAGGGUUCGCAAGUAUCCUUUAUCUUAGAAAGAUUAAAUAACCUCAGCCCAGAGAGCAUUCCUCCAACGUCUGUGAUGAAGCAGUUGGCUAUAGCUAUUGAUGCUGGGAAGAAGUACAGGUCAAUGAAAGAUAUUUUGGCAUCAUCUGGGGGCUCAUCACCAAUCAUUGAGAGGGCAAGCUUGAGCCUUGCUGUGAUGAAGUCGUUAGUUCGUCGUGACAAGGAGGAUAAACUUGCAUCUGAGUUUGGUGGUGAUGAUGAGAAGGUUUUGGCCUUGAUAGAUUCACUCUUUGAUUCAGAGGGAAAGUUUCUCAGAAGAAACAUCAGUUCUGGUUUGGACACAUUAUCUUUGCCCAGAGAUAUUCAUGGUGCCCCUCCUGAUAGCCUGCUUGUCAAGCUAGCUGAAGUAAUUGGAAGCUUUAGAGACUUGAAGAAAAUGACAUUGUUGUGGUACAGAAUUGUGGCUGAACUGAGAAGACUUUGGUCUGAAGAAGUACAUAUACCUGGCAUUCCUUCAGAUGUUCUUCCUGAUCUGAAUUCCUGUCUUCUAUACCAGCAAUUUCAGGUUAUCAAUUGCUGUGUUUCCAGGAAAAGACGUCACAUUCUUGCCACUGAAUCAAUAGAAAUGUUGAUGAGGGAUGCCAGUUCAUACUCCAAAGAGUCAGCUAUUUCUGAAGGGACUGUUGGUUCAAACCUUAUCUUGUAUGCAAGAUUGAGCAAUGGGGAAAAAGUCCUCCGAUUGGGUGCUGAUGAGCCAGCUGACAAUUUAACCAUGUUGGAAACUGGUGAACCAGUAUACUCUCCAGUAAUGCAGGAGGGGCCUCUGCUUACUGAAGAUCUUAUCAAGGAAAAUGAGGAGUUUGUGCUUCGAACUGGGAGUGUUGGUGCUGGGUGUUCUCAACUCCUUUCCGACAUGCAGGCCUUCAAGGCUGCAAAUCCUGGUUGUAUCUUGGAAGAUUUUGUAAGAUGGCACUCUCCUCCGGACUGGACUGAGAAUGUUGACGAGGCUAACGAGUUUUUUGAGGGAGGUGAUUCAUCUUCGACAAGAGGUCAACUAAGUAGUCGAAUGCAGAAAGAAGGUAACUUGUGGCGUGAGCUGUGGGAAACAGCCAAAGCAGUACCAGCCGUUAAACAGGCUCCCCUGUUUGAUGAGGAAUUAGCAGUAGAGGGUAUUCUGCAUGACUUAGAGGAAAUUCCACCUACUGAACUGUUUGAACAACUGUUUAUUUCUUUACUUUGUUUAGGAUUUGUAAUAGCCGAGGCUAAACUCUCCAGUAACUUUGAUUUGUCAAAGCUAUAUCACGAAUGCAAAGACUACGUUAUUGCCACUUGUCAAGGAGGCAGCUGGAGUGAUAAAGUUGAUGAUCUCUGCCACGUGUAUGAAACAGUGGAGAGAAUACUACUCAGCCCUGACGAAGUCUUGAAGGCAGUAAAGCAAGCGGAAGAAGCCAUCACCCCGACUGUUGGUGAACCUAAACGAAGAUUUACGAGGAUUGGCCUGAACUUUGGCAGUAGGGACAGAAACCAGAGACAAGAAGAGAAAAAUCCGGAGAUUUUGCCUCAACAGCCAUUCUCUAAUUUCUUUGAUGGCAAGUCAUCCUUGUUUUCAAAAAAGCCUCCAAAGCCUGAGAAUGCAUCUGCAGGAGACAAAGCCCCUAGAACAGUUGAAAGUGAUUGGACAAUUGUUUAAUCAUAGUAGAACUCGACAUUUUAUUUAUUUAUUUUCUCCCAUUAAUUUUUGGGUUAAGCUGUAUCUGGCAGGAAAUUGUAAAUUAUUUUGGUAAUUUCUUGUCCAAAUGAAAUGGAGAAAUGAAAUAUAGCAUUUUUGUCUUUUAGUUAA